GGCAGCGGGCGACCGCUGCAGAGCCGGGCAGGCAGCAGCGCUGCGCGGGAGCCCCACCACCGCUGUCGGGCUCACUCUGGGUGCUGAGGUGGAGCGAGACCCCGCGAAGGGCCGGGCCCUACGGGCACACGCCCCCUGUCCGCUUCCUCCCGGCCCCGGACUCGAUCCGCUGAGCUCAGAGGUAGGGGCGCGGGCAGGCCAACCCAGCGCCCCCGGAGACUUCCUCCCUGCCCUGCCAGGUCGGAGGGGCCCGCUGUGCCCUUCCUCAGAGCCUGCAGGAGUGGGCAGCAUGGAGGGGGAGCCCUCCCAGGCUCCCAACGGCAGCUGGCCCCCAAGCCAGAAUGGGAGUAAUGCCAAGGCCACCCUGGCUGCAAACUUCACCUUCUCCUCCUACUACCAGCACUCCUCGCCAGUGGCGGCCAUGUUCAUUGUGGCCUAUGUGCUCAUCUUCAUCCUGUGCAUGGUGGGCAAUGCCCUGGUCUGCUUCACCGUGCUUACGAACCGGCACAUGCGCACUGUCACCAACAUGUUCAUUCUCAACCUGGCGGUCAGCGACCUGCUGGUGGGCAUCUUCUGCAUGCCCACCACUCUCGUGGACAACCUCAUCACUGGGUGGCCCUUUGACAACGCCACGUGCAAGAUGAGCGGCUUGGUGCAGGGCAUGUCCGUGUCGGCUUCCGUGUUCACGCUGGUGGCCAUCGCAGUGGAAAGGUUCCGCUGCAUCGUGCACCCGUUCCGCGAGAAGCUGACCCUGCGCAAGGCGCUGGUCACCAUUGCGGUCAUUUGGGCCCUGGCUCUGCUCAUCAUGUGCCCCUCGGCCAUCACGCUGACCGUCACGCGCGAGGAGCACCACUUCAUGGUGGACGCCCGCAACCGCUCCUACCCGCUCUACUCGUGCUGGGAGGCCUGGCCCGAGAAGGGCAUGCGCCGGGUCUACACCACCGUGCUCUUCUCGCACAUCUACGUGGCGCCGCUGGCGCUCAUCGUGCUCAUGUACGCGCGCAUCGCCCGCAAGCUCUGCAAGGCCCCCGGGCCCGCGCGGGCCGGCGGGGAGCAGGCGCCCGAGGGCCGGCCCGGGGCGCGGCGCCGGGCCCGGGUGGUGCACAUGCUGGUCAUGGUGGCGCUGGUCUUCACGCUGUCCUGGCUGCCGCUCUGGGCGCUGCUGCUGCUCAUCGACUACGGCCAGCUGAGCGAGCCGCAGCUGCACCUGGUCACCGCCUACGCCUUCCCCUUCGCCCACUGGCUGGCCUUCUUCAACAGCAGCGCCAACCCCAUCAUCUACGGCUACUUCAACGAGAACUUUCGCCGCGGCUUCCAGGCCGCCUUCCGCGCCGGGCUCUGCCCGCCCCAGUGGGCGAGCCCCCGGGAGGCCUACUCGGAGCGGCCCGGCCGGCUCCUGCGCGCGCCGGUCUCCGCGGAGGUGCAGCCCAGCGACUCGGGCCUGCCCUCCGAGUCGGGCCGGAGCAGCGGGACGCCCCGGCCCGGCCGCCUCCCCCUGCGCGGUGGCCGGGUGGCCCACCACGGCUCGGCCGGGGAGCGUCCUGGCUGCUCCCACCUGCCCCUCACCAUACCAGCGUGGGAUAUCUGA